AUGGCAGCCAUUACUAGAAGGAUGAAGGAAACUAACAUAAGUCAUUCAGUAAACCUAAGCAGCAGUCUAAUAUCGGCUAAGGAAGUUGAUGAAGCAGCAAAUAAGUGGAAAAACUGUCUCAUCGGAAAAAUCAUUUCAAAGGAUGAUGCAGACUUUGAUGGAGUUCAAAAAGAUGUGAAUAUUAUUUGGAGGAAGUAUCGUAGGGUGGAGAUACACACAAUGAGCCGUAACAUGUAUGUCUUCAAGUUCAAAAAUGAAGAUGAGGUGGAAGAUGUACUAAAAAAAGUUCUGUGGAUUAUGGAUUUUAAUAUGGUCGUUUUGCAAAAAUAUGAUGCUUCUAUUCAACUAAAGGAUUAUUCCCUCACACAUCAAGUUUUCUCAGUGUUAAUGAGUGGGUUAGCGUUGGAACACUUGGACAGAGGCAUAAUUGACAAGAUGUGCUCGGAUAUUGGGAGAAGAAUUGAUGAAGACUCCAAGCCGGGAUUCUCAAUUAGAGGAAGAAUGGUGAACGCAAGAAUUGAAGUGGACUUGAGAAAACCUCUCAAGCGUGGUGUUUGGCUUCUAACUGCAACAAAACAAAGAGUAUGGGUAAAAUAUCACUUCGAAAAGCAACCAAAAAAAAUCUGCACCCACUGCUUUGUCCUUGACCAUAAUGAGGAGGAGUGUGAAGAAAUAACAUGGAAUCUGUUCAUUUAUCGCAUGACAGAAAAGCAGUUUGCAGAUUUCUAUGCUAAAAAUGAGCAUAAAAUCCAUGAGAUGAUGUAA